AGCAAACCACCACUACAAGCCGAGCUCGCUCGUGGCCAUAGCGCUCAAGCAACAGGACAGAGCUCCCCGCCGCCCCCAGCGACCUCCGCUGCGCUCAGCAAGCUUCACCACUGGCCAUGGCGAAGGCGAGCGCCGAGACAAACACCACGGCGCUGUUCUUCUCCUUCUCCGCGGUCGUCCUCCUCCUCCUCGCCCUCCAGCCGCCGGACCGGCGCCCCGGCGGCGGCACCCUCGCCGACCUCCUGCUCGCCGCGCUCGACCGCUUCCCCGACGCCCGCGGCCUCCUCGACCUCGCCACCAGGAGGAACAUGGUCCUGCUCUGCCACGCCAUCCUCCUCGUCAUCCUCAGGAACGCCGGCGUCCUCGGCGCCCCCGCUCGCCGCCGCGGCGCGACCGCGACCACAGCCUCCGCCGUCGUCGCCGACGCCGCUGAUGCAGGCGCCUGCUGCGCUCCUGUUCUGACCGACGCGGCGGAGAGGAGCAUCGUCGUGUGGCGGCGGCCGCGGGGCGGCGCCAAGCAGGACGCGCACGCCGACGGGAGCGGCCAUCGUCUCGUCAGGCGUCGUCAGGCGCGGCGAAGCGCCCAGCAGCACCCAGCGGCCGCCGCGGCGCCGAUCCCACGCGCCGCGCCAGCAUUGGCCGAACAACCGGAACAGCAGCAGCCGCCUCUGACCAGCAAAGAGAUCGUCCUCGUCGACCAUGAUCGCGCCGCGGCGGUCGUUGAGCUUCAUCUGACUUCUGCGAGUACGACGGAUGGCGAGAAGAGCGACGAGCGGGACGUAGACACCGCCGCGGAGGAGACGCCGGAGCUAGCCGAUGACAGGAGGAUCGAGGAGUUCAUCGCCAAGCAGUGGAGCAAGAUUCGGCAUGAGAGCCUGCAGCUGGACAGGUCGUCAGGGUCCCAAUCCCAAGCGAUAACAACAUGCUAGCAUAAAAAAACGAUCCGUGUAGUAACAGAAAGAAACCUGUGAUGACAAGCUCCCCGUCGAUCGACCCGUGCGUGCGUCCUAGCCUAGGUGGCUUCGAGCACUUUGAUGUGGGUGUGGGUGUUCCUCUGUUUUGCCGGACGAAAUCUUUCGUCGUUGUUCAUAGGCCAAAUCAUUUUCUGUUUUCAGUCAGCUCUCCUUUCUUUAAACCCACUUUCCAUACACCGAAAAGUGAACAAUAGGCGCAAACAGAGUGGUAAGCACGUAAACAGAGCAGAAGCAGAGCAGAAGUGAGGCAGAGCAAAGGAAGUCGUCGCCGUCGCUGCUGAGCGUUGACGCAGGAGUCAAGAUCGAUCGCGUACAAAAGACCUCCGCGAAACACGACAAGUCAGUGGUAAUACGAGAGGGUACCAUUUUGACGUGGACAUUGCGCGCCUGACUACGUUUUUUUAAGACAUAUAUAAAGAGUUUUGCUAAAUAUCUGUCAUCGGAUUUAUUCCUAAAAAUCUGUCGAAUUCUGAGCCACACGAUUCCGCUUUGAGAUAUGUGCUAUGGCCUUCCUCCAUUUCUUUCGCUGCGCGGGCUCAGGCCAUUCACGGGUCUGGACGUGCAUCCGACUACCCGGUAACUGUUGCUGCCUUAUCCUCUCGCCUCUUCCGUGUGAACUGUGAAGAACCCCACUCGACUCCAUGUUCGCCGCUGGCCCGGGGGAUUGCUUCUCCAUCGAUCUCCGGCACAAAUCAAACCCUUCUGUUAUCUACAGUACAAGUAGAUCUGGAGGCGCGAAUCAACCAUCCUGGCACAAGAUUGAGUCCGCAGCACCAUUCCCUUCAGGAAGCUCCAUUGAAUCCCAGGUUUGUCCUGUGAUUUCUUUGAGCAAGCCAUGAACACAUAAAUGAAAUCUCCUCCCUGUCAUUUUCUUUCUUUUCCCCAAAUUUGUUUGAGCUCCUCUUGAGCGUGGUAGGGUUAUUAUUAGGGAUGUGAUUUGUUUUGUGAUUCAGCAGCCAACUACUUGAUCUGUAGCUAUUUUUAGUGCUAACUUGCAUUGUAUUUUUCUUCAGAUUUCACUAGUGAGAGACUGAGAGUUAGGAUGUGAGUCGCAUUGACCUGAUUCGUUUGCACCCUGGACAAAUUGUUGGGUUCCUGAACAACUCGUGAGAGUUAGGAUGUGAGAAACAAUUAGAACUUGCUUUGGUGAUUCUUGUCUUGUCUCUAUUUUUUUUUACUAAUUCGGAUCCAUGUAUUUUUGGCUACCUGUCUUGCUAGUGUGCAUGCGGGUGUUUUAGCUGUCUAGUUAUUUGUUUGAGCUGGCUGGGAAGAGAUACUACUGGAAAGAGCCAUGGUCUUAUUUUUGUGCAAUUUAAUAUUGGUGCUUUAUUAUUAUUAUAGUUGUGAUUUCCACCUGAAUAUAUGCUAAUUUCUGUUGCUGCAAUUUGUCCGUUAUUAGAUGGUAACUAGCCUAUGAAGUUUCAUGUGGAGGCUAUGACUAUCAUCUACCCCUUCUUGGACAUCUUUUCUGCACUGUGUCCCUGCUAUUUGUUUUUGCUAGUUCUUCUUUUCAGCUUGAUGAAUCUAAACCAUGUGUCUCUUUUGGUUGCUAUAUGAAUUUUCCUAUGUUGCUUCUCUAUAAGAUUCAAAAAUUAGUAUCAUGUUUUGUGAUGUAGUUUCCUACCCAGCCUAGUCCUGAUGUGUGAAAUGCUAUCUGCUCACUGGUUGUGCAUGUGUUAUUCAAAUAAAGGCGGCAUGUAGUUUUGUUGGAA